AGCCAUUCUUCUCCUCUGACUACUUUCCAAACUUCUGCACCUAUGGAAGCCCAAACCUUUUCCUUAUAGCUCUUAAUAAUUGUAAAUCUAUUAUUCAACACACUUGCCUUAUGGCUACCAUGUCAAUACCAACGCCCACACCUUCCACUCGAGCGGUAGUCGCAUCCAGUGCCUCAGCGUCCAGCGCAACAAUGUCAGCCGCAACACUAACACCUCCAUUACUCCCCGCCAGGGCCUCCAACUCACCGCAAUUAACCCCCACAAACCUUCCCAAAGGUCGCCGUCGCUCUUCAUCAAUACAUGGUCAACAUCCCCCCUACUCGCAACCACACACAGCCAAGAUCGGCCCCCAACGUACCUCCAAGGUCUCUCAAAAACUCAAGAUCCUCCCCUCGCCAGCGGAUCAAGACGAGGAAUCCGGCCGCGAUGUAUACUCCCAGGUCACCCGCAUUAAGGACACAACUGCUCGUCGAGACGCGGAGCGCUUAGGAAAAGCCGAAAGAGCGCACUUGCCCAGAGUCACAGCCUACGCUACGGCCAACGCUUACAAGAUGGAGAGCAUGAUGAAGUUUCUCAAAUCCCGGCAGACGAGUCGUGGGACCGCGCCGAAGCAGUUUGAUGAAUGCAUUUACACCCCGUUUUCUUACACCUAUGAGGCAAGGCAGCGGGAGCAACAACAGCAGGGGCAGCGACACGGGCAGAGUGGGGAUUUGAUCGAUCCGGGGGUCGAGAGCUCGGAGGUGUUCCUUUUCCAGUACGGCGUCGUCGUGAUAUGGGGAAUGAGCAUGAGGGAUGAGAAACGCUUCCUAAAGGACAUUGCGAAAUUCGAGAGCGAGAAGUUGGGCGAGGACGACGUCCAGGUUGAGAAUUUCAAUUAUUAUGUUACCAGCUCUUAUCAACCCCGGAUCUAUAAUGACUUUAUCACGCUGAAGGAUGGCGGGAAUUACAUGAUCAAGCUAAGCAUCAGUCAUGCUAUCGCUCAAUCCGUAAAGAUAUCCCUCUUCGAAGACCUAGUCGAUAACACAAUAGAAGACACAAAAUCAAUCCCCCAAGACGUCGCCACGACUGGAAAGGUCAAUAUGAGCCGUCGGGAUAUAAUGAAGCACAUAGGCGAACUCUUCAUCCUAAGAAUCAACAUAAACCUCCAAUUCAGCGUUCUGGACUCACCGGAAUUGAUGUGGGCUGAACCCCAAUUAGACCCCGUCUACCAAGCCGCGCGCUCAUACCUAGAAAUCAACCAGCGCGUUUCAUUACUAAACCAACGACUAGACGUCAUUGGAGAUUUGCUGCAAAUGCUCAAGGAGCAAAUGUCUCACUCGCAGGGGGAACACCUGGAGUGGAUUGUUAUCGUACUUAUUGCGGCGGAGAUUCUGGUUGCUGUGAUUAACGUGGUUGUUGAUCUGCUGGCUGGGUCGGAUUGACCUUCAUUGUGGACAUCAGCUGUUAAGAUAAUUCAAACAUUUUAGGAUGCUCAGGGAGGCUUAGUGUUGGGCUAAGUUAGCCGUUUCUGUUUCAUUGUGUCAUAAUUUUGUCCGGGCAAGACCUUCCUUCUCACCUAUUCGAUAUAAGUGGUUUUGCAUUUUAUAGCACCUUAAGUUACCAGCCCUACUGUCUUUUUUUCUUCGCCCGGUUGGGCGUGCGGGCACUACAACUCCCUAAUUUCUUAGACCCUUUUCAGCACUGUAUUAUAAUAGCCUUCCGUAAUAAUUCUGAUGGUAGUCGGCGCCGCCGAUCGCUUCUCUUUCAAA